CAGUCGAGGCGCUUACGAGUCUCGGGCCAGUCUGAGGCACGCGCCCUCCGCGCCUGCUCGCCCUCGCGCCGCUCUCUCCACGUCCCUCGGCCGACACAUGGCACGCACACCUUAGCCCUGUUGUUAUGGAAAAGCGCGGCGCCAGCGGCCGCGGCGAGCCCAUACCCAGCAUACUGAAGAAACCGAAACCGCCCCGUGGCGAUCUCGUAAACAAAAGCACGAAGAUCAAAGGUGAGAAGACCAGCUCGAGGAAGAAUGGAGAUGUGAACCAUUCGUUGUCGCACGGCUGCACGCCGCUUAUGUACGCCUGUCAGCAAGCCGACUAUAGGACUGUUGUUGACAUCCUCAACAAGGACCCAUCAUCGGCGCGAGUCCGUGACCGAGCGCAGCGCUGUGCGUUGCACUACUGCGCGGCGAGUGGGGCUGCGCGCGCCGCUGCACGUGCGGCUUGCGCGGACCGCGUGCUGAUGGCUGCGCCGGCGCUGGCGGAUGCGCGCGACGCUGACGGCCUCACGCCGUUACAUCUCGCUGUCGUGCAUGGCAACGUGCCACUCGUGCAGACCCUUUUGGCUGCGGGCGCUGACGUCAACGCCAGAGACAACGAACAGCAUACCGUCGUGCAUUGGGCUACUGUGUGCGGCGAGGUGGGGGCCCUGCGUGCGGUGCUUGCGGCGGGCGCAGAUGCGGCCACGCCCGACCAGCACGGCGGCUACCCAUUGCACUACGCCGCGCAAAUGUGUGGUGCACCCGCAGCCACCGAUCACCAGAGCCGUGGCGCUGCGCUGGAGGUGCUACGUGCGCUAGUGCGCGAGGGCGGCGCGAGCGUGGCGGUCCGAGACGCUGACGGGCGUACACCGCUACUCUGGGCCGCCAGUGCCGGUUCCGCCGCAGCGGUGCUCGCACUGCACCAGGCUGGCGCCAGGGUCGACGAUGCUGAUAGGGACGGCUUAACGGCAUUGCACUGUGCAGCAGCGCGUGGACAUACAGAAGCUCUGGAGACGUUAGUAGGACUGUGUGGUGCUCGCGUUGACAUGGCGGAUUCCCACGGCUGCACGCCGCUGCACUACGCCGCUGCGCUGGGCCACGCAGACGCGACCUCCGAGCUACUGGAACAUGGCGCAGACGCCCAUCGUCAAGACAGAAGAGGCCGUAGCCCAGCGCACACUGCCGCCGCUAAAGGACAAAUAGAAACCGUUCGUAUACUAGGGGCAAGGGGCGCCAAUUUAUGGCUGCGUAACUCUAAGGGUGAUUUACCACUACAUGAAGCUGUUGCAUCAGGACGUAGAGAAUUGGUGAAGUGGCUUUUGGACGGAAGGCCUUCCCAAGUCAAUGCAACUAAUCACGAAGGACGCACUCCACUUCAUAUCGCAGCCGCCAGCGAUAACGCCGAUCUUUGUCGUAUGUUACUUGAUCGCGGCGCUGAAGUCAACCUUGUUGCAAGAUCUUCCAAGAACGAACCUUUAACACCGUUAGACUGUGCAACUAGUCGAGGCCACAGGUCGACUGCAAAGUAUUUGCAAAUGCACGGCGGUUUACCUGCUUCCAAACUAUCAAAUACUGAACUAAUAAUCGACGGUGCUUCUAUCACAGGAUUACCACAACGUAAAGUGACCAGCACAAAAAUUGAUGUACGUGAUCGUAUUAGAAUAGAAAAAAAAGAAGUAGUCGAGCUUUCAAGCCCUUCAUUAGAAAGGCGACGCACAAAAGAAAGAAAUAACGAUUAUUAUACUAAUGAUUCUUCUUCUGAUGACAGGAAAACUCGAAAACGAUUUGAAGAAAAAUACCAAACCCGAAAAAAAACACAACUUAAGUCCCAAAAAAGUUUCAGUGAUGGUUAUGACAGUGAAUUCGAAGUUUGUCAUAAGAGAGAAAAACCAAAAUACAAACGAAGGCCCGAAAGUAAAAAAAGUAGAUCUAAAAGUGAACCAUCGAGACGGCAUAGCAAAAGUGCAAAACAUCAUCGUCGUUAUCGCUCGACAUCGGAGAGUUCAUCAGAUACUGACAGUCACGAAGAGAGAAAAAAGAAACGUACUAGACAUAAGCGAGGUAGAAGAAAAACAAGCAGUUCAUCAGAAAAUAGUAGUUCAGAAUCGAGCGAUAGAAGGAGCACAAAAAGAAAAGGUAAGAAAACAUCUAUUCACAUUGAACACGAUGAUGAAAAACAGAAAGUAAACAUAGUGAAAUAUAAAAAUAUGGAUAACAAACGAAGCCUUGAAUCAAACGAAAAUAAGGUUGGCAGUUCUUUAGACGUACCCAAGACCCCGGCAGAAACAGACAAAGAACUAGGAACAAUCAUACCGAAAAGUUUCAGUGAAACUGAAACCGAUGCUAUUUCGGUAAAAACAAACAUGGUAGUUACAGAAGCACAAAUACAUAUGGAGCGCGAAUCUACACUUAAUGGUAGUUCUGAACUAAUCGUAAAAAUGGAUUCAUCAAAUAAUGUUGCUAUAGAGACAUCAAAUUUAUCUGUAACUCAUAAGGAUUUAAAUGAAGACGCCAAAACUAAUUUAGAAAAUAACAGUGACGAAAUUGUUAAUGAAAACGAACAAAAAAUAGAAGUCGAUAGUGCAAAAGUAGAUGAAGCAAAGGAUGAUCCUCCAACGGAAGUAAGUUUAACCAAGGAAGAAAUUAAAGAGGAAAACGCUUUGAAAACAUUAGAUAAUUCUACAGAAAACUCACAAGAAACUAGGGAUAUUCCUGAAGAUGAAAGCAAGCCUGAGGUAUUAACAGUAAUAAGUGGAAAUCAAAAAACUGAAUUGAACAAAGAAGAAAAACAGCAGUCACUAUCGGACGUCGAUAAGAAUUCCAAAUCAAGGCCAUCUUCUGCGGAUAAAAGUAAAGAAACUCUCUCUGGACAGAAUUCUAAUGAAGAAUCGCCUCGCAAAAGAUCCUUUCAUAUUUUAUCUGGGCCAGAUGAUACAAGCAAAAGUGAUAAUUUACCCCUUGAUAAACAAAGCAUAGAAAUUGUUAGCGGUGAUAAUUUAGGAUCUCAAGAUAAAAGUAGCUCACCAUCAGUGUCGUUUGCCAAAAAAGAUGAAAUAUUCAAAAUUAACGGCUCUGAUAAUUCAUCCGAUCAUUUGAUGGGCGAAGAGGUUGAACACACUGAAAUUCAAGUAGAAUUGAAUGAGAAGAGUGGAAAUGGGGCAAGUGAGGUUAAUAAUCAAGAGGAAAAAAGAUCACUAUAUGCAUCUACCACGUCGAGUAGCAGCGAUGUGGCACGAAGCGUCGAUAAGAGUAAGGUGAAACAAUCUCGCGGUGGUACGCUCAGUGUCGAUCGUGCAGUUCAGCAAAUUAUAAUGCCAAGUGGAUCCGAAGAAUAUCAAGAAAAUGAAUUGUUACCACUCACCUCUCCUAAACAAUCACGAAAAACCUCAAGAGAUAGCCAAGUAAGUAGUCGGAAAAGUAGCAUAUACGAAACUGAAAGUUAUAAAGUACUGUCAGAUGCCACUAAUGCUGUUGAAGGUAUUUUAAAAAAAUCUAGCAUAAUGGAUGAGGGUUCUAUAGAAGAAGAUAAAUUCGGUACUGAGGAUAAAAUAACUCUUCUCAGAGAAAAUUUUUUCGGUAGAGUGCCUAGUGUUAGCGACAAUGAGAUUUAUUACAGCCAUUCUGAAGCUGACGGACGUCGUAAGCGAUUUCGAAAGAAAGGUCGGACGAAAAGUCGAAUAACAAUAAGGUCCAAAAGUGAAAAUUCGGAAAGAGGUUAUGAAUCUAGCGGGUUGAUGGAUUCUGGAUUCGAACCUAGUCCUAGACCGGUACAAAGAUGUAUCAUGAGUCCACGGCUUAAUGCUUACUACCAACAGAGAAAUGCAAGUGGGAAAUUUCGCGGGAGACCAGACAGCAGGAUACCCGUUCGGAAACCUGGCGAUAAAAAUGCCGUGGAUAUGAGGACUGUAACACAAAGAAUACAAACUAAUAUGAGACGGUAUUAUUGCGAACGAAAAAUAUUUCAGCAUCUGUUAGAACUUAAACGGUUGCAAAUAAGAACCAGCAAGACAAAUGAAGCAGUACUGGUAAAGAGAGCAAUUGACGAAUAUAAUAAAUCUAGUCUGGCCAACGUCGGACUGGGUCCGUACAAUAAUCCCGAUUAUUCAUUUAGUAGUUUUGAAAAGUUUCUUUACGAUAGUUUAAGAAAAUUGCAGAAAAGUGGAAAGAGACAUUUAGAUAAACUGCCAGAAAAACCGUUGGAUUUUGAUUACGGCGAAAGUGAAUUAUAUAAGAUGGCUGCUAUUCCAGACAACCCUUGUUUAUGCACCAGCAAGACCCAUCGAUGUUUUCAUGCUGUACAUGCUUAUACUGGAAUACCAUGUUCUGCAUAUAUUCCAUACAAAUGGAAUCACCAUACGAUGCCCAAACCGUCAACGGCGGGGCCGAGUACUAAAUCAAAAGGCUUCUUACCAAAGAUCAACUCGAAACCACCGACUGGUGCCAGCAAGGCCCACGUUACUCUGGAAGUGUCUCACGGCACAGAAAAACAGUUAAUCGCACUUCCUGCAGAGAAGCUGGAUAAAAACAAAAGAUAUUACGUGACGUUUACGGUUAAAGGUUCCGAGCCAACGUCGGAUGACAACGCCGCACCAAGCCCCAAUAAUAAAAGUAUACGAAGUGGCUAAUUGUUAUUGAUUUAAUAUAUAUAGAUAAAUGUUGUUUGCUAUGCAUGAAUUAACGUGUUAUAAAAAUAUCUAAAUUAAAAUUCGAGCAUUAACAGUACAUUACCUAUGUAUUUUGUUGUUUGUAGAACGUUAACAGAUUAUUUGUAUCGAUGUUAUAUUUUUUUAAGAAAGCUAGAAUUUCCUAACCAUCAAAAUUGAAGAAUUGAAAUGAUAAACUUGC